UGCUUCAUAGUCAAUUCCUUACCAGACUUCUUUUUUUCAAACUGCCCCUGACUGCUGCCAUCUGUCACACAGCACAAAAUAUAACAGACUAUUGGUGGGAAGGUACAAUUUCUGCCAUCCCACCAACAUCUGCCUCUGACAUUGUGGGCCAGCAUAAUAAAAUGGGAGGCAUUACUUUUGGAGCAGCCCUUGUAGUAAUGCCUUUUUUGUAGGGUAAAUUCAUAGAAGACUGUACAUCCACAGGCCUUAGACCACUGAGCUUAAGAUCUUCUUAGAGAUGAUGAGCACUCUUCCCUGUUGCCAGAUGAUGAUUAUUAAUAAUUAUUUACAAAAAUCUUCAAUAAUGUGACAGACUCAAGAAGAAAUAUUAUCUAAUUAAUUUAUAUUAAGUAACAACAAGUUCCUUUUUUCCUUCUAGAAUGUUUCCCUCAUUAAAGCUAAGACUCAAAUCAACUUUUUCAGGCAGGCUACUCUUGGGACAGGUUCCCCCAUCUCUCACUUACAGCGAGUGGCUGUUAUCAGUGUGCAUUUGAAAAUCAAACCUGAGACAUAUUAGCAGCUAAUGAAUGGAAAGUACACCGUUGUUUCAAACAAAAACAAGUAAGUUGUAUUUUCUUAGUUGAGUUUAAAUAUUUAUUUACUCCUAUUAUGUAUACACAUAGUAUUUUAUUUCUGAACAGUUCCAUUCACUAUGUGUAGGCAGGUGACUACUCUUGGUAUUGUUCUUGAUAUCCUACUUGAAAAACCAUUUGUUUAAGAUUAAUUUCUAUGCUUUACAGCUUAUGCCAUACUUGCAUACUUAGACUGAGGUCUAUAAAGAAUAUAUAAAGGUCUAUAAAGAAUAUAUAAAGAGGUUUAAGCUUUUUGCAGUUUCAGUUUUGGGGGCUGUUUCUUUUCUUUUGUUUGUUUGUUUGUUCAGUUUGUUUGUUUUGAGAUAGCUGAUAUUCUACUGGGACCUAGUGUUAAUAAAAGUAUAAACAAUUUUCAGGAAGAUACUGCCCAUCAUUAUCUUUAAGAACCAUAUUCAUUAUUAUCAGACAAAUACUAUGUGUUCAUUUUUAUCACAUGCAUACAAGGGUUAAUGUGACAAUUAGAGAUUUUGCUGUAUGCAUUAAUGCCACUGUAUGAGCAGAAUUUGAAAGAAAGCAAUGUUGAAGAAAUUAAAAAAUAUGUCAACAAAUUGCUGUUUGACCAGAAAGGUCAAACUUCUGUCCUCACAUUUCUAGAAUAUUAUUCAUUCUCAGGCAUUAGUGAGGGUAUCAAUACAGAUCUUUUUACUAACUGUAAAUGUAUCUGUCUGAAUGCUGCAGUUUAAAUAAGAAUGCCACAUUACACAUAUUAACUCUAUUGCUUUUUUUCACUGGCAACCACGAAGGAAAUGUCUUAAGAAAACUUGUUCACUGGCCAAAAUAACAGCAAAGGCCUCAUUACCAGUUAAGACUUUUGUUUUAUUGAGAAACAAGGUUUUCAACUUAAAAAUCUGAAAUGGAAACAGGUUAGAAUAUAGGAGAAAUGCACUAGUAUUAAUAAACUUUUUACAUUUGACACAUACUGUAUUACAAAGACAAUAUCCUUGCAAGAGCAUUAAUUGCUGGGCCAUAGGUGACUUCUGUCUAGUUUACUAAAGUAGCUAAUAAAACUUGUAUAGAGAGCCUUUUAUAGAUAAUGCUUACGUGUAUGAAAAUGUAUGACACCCUUGUACUAUGGCUUGCACUUUACUUGCAUUAAACUGUGAAGUAGGCUGUAGUAAUGUCUUUGUAUAUUCAGGGGUUGAAAUACCAAAGCACUAGAGUAUUGUACUGCUGGUGUUCAACCUGUACUGUUAAUUAAGUCUGAACGUGCUGAUAACAUGUACUUUGAAAACCCCACUAACUUAAAAUCUUUAGCAAAUAAUGCUAUGGGGUCUCCAUGGUCUUUGUUUCUUUGUAAAUAUAAACAUUCUUACUGUUUCUGUAGCAAUAGGAGGUUAUAAACCAAACUUUCAAUAGGACUGUUUUCAAUAACAAAAAAAAUCUAUAGCGCCUUGUAUAAAACUCAUGGAGACUCCAUGACCUGUGGGCAUUUUUUGUUUACAAGCAGUAUGUAUAUAAGUAUUAGCGGCAGAACUGUUAUUUAUCACAAAGUUAUGUUGUGGUUGAUUCUUUCUAAAGUAAAUAUGUGUUUUAUGUCAUGAAAAAUAAGUAUUUUUAGUAAGAGCCAUCUUGAAAAGUUUGAAGCGUCAAAGCUUCAAAUACUCAGAAUCUUCCAUGUUUCAGCCUUGUUUUUCCAAACGACUGUGAGAUGAACUGAGAGGUCACAGUAAACCAUCUGUCCAUGCCAGGGAAGGUGUCUGAGUUGUAUCACAGUUUAUGACAUUCUGCAACUUUUCUCUAAUUACCAUCUUGCUUACGCGCUUUUAUGAGCAGAUGCUGUAUGAUACCAUACUAAAGUCUUUCAGCUCAAUGAAGAGAGAGAAAAAUAACUGCUCUAACUGGACGCAUACAGGUUAGGCUAGGUUUCAACCCCUGGAUAAUACAGUAUUCUUUGGUUUCACGACAGUAUUUUUAAUUUUAUACUUGUCUAUGUUGAGAGAUGAUCCAAUAGUUUAUAGAGGCAGUGAACGUUAGGUUUCUUUUUUUCCUCUUCUCAGAUGACUUCUGUGUGAACUACUGUAACUGGCUGCGUUUUUCUAUCACAGAUUAACUUGUUAACUUUUUGUGUGUCUACAAUGAAAAUUUAUGAAUGGAAAACUUCACUGUGUGUUGCUCACUGGGCAUAUACCUCAUGGUACAUUGCACAGACGUGUAAGUUGUAAGUUGCACUGCAACAUUAAAAAAGGAACAUAUUGCUCUUUUUUCAAAGAUAUUAACUUAUUUAAGAGAUAUAGCGUGUACAUUAUUAAAAAGAACAUUUAUUCUUCCUAAAUUCAAACAAAGCUUUUGUUUUGGGGGGGGAGGGAAAAAAAAAAAAAGUUGUAAACUUCAGUUGUAAAUUUGGACUUCAAUAAACGGAAUUAUCUGCACUUAAAUUCUGUGCUGACGUUGUUUUAGUGCGCGUUCUCUUAGAACUGCAAUUACGAAGAGUAAUCCAAGCCCAGGCUGUGAGCGGGGCCGGACCAGAGCUGCGGGCCGCUCCCGGCGCGGGGCCCGCGGUGCCAGGCUCAGCCGCAGGCGGCAACGAAGAGCGCCGCGCCUACCCGAAGAACGGACGGCGCUCCGGCCCCAUCCCCACCGCCUCAGCCGCCGUGGAGCCCCGCCCCGCGCGGGAGGAGCCCGCGGCCGAGCGCUCGGCCCUUCCCGCUCGCCGUACGCGGCUGCGGGGCUGUCGCUAAGAUGGCGGCCAAGGUGGCGAGGCUGGCUGCUGCUUCUUCCUCCCUACCAUUUGUGUGUGCAGUGUAUGCAGCAGCAGAAAAGGAAUCAAAAAGUCAGCUGGUGAAGCCAAACCAGCUUCCAAUUUACUGCUCACCACCUCUGAAGUCAAAGUACAUUGAAGAACAGCCUGGUCACUUGCAGAAGCAAUUCUCUUCAAUAAGGCAGACAACUGGCCGCUAUAUUGGAUGGUGUAAGGAUGCUUUUUUCUUUGCUAAAAAUGGAAUAGUGGAUUCAAUUCAGUUUGGUAAAGAUGCUUAUGUUUACCUGAAGAAUCCACCACCAGAAUUUCUUCCCAGAGUCGGCAUAAUUACAAUAUCAGGCCUAGCUGGUGCAGUGCUGGCAAGAAAAGAUUCUAGAUUUAAGAAAAUUGCUUAUCCCUUGGGACUUACUACUUUAGGAAUUUCAGUUUGUUACCCAGCUCAGGCAGUAGUAAUUGCUAAGGUAACAGGGAAAAAGGUAGUUUCUGCAAGCCAUCAAACCUAUGAGGCUGUACGGUCUCUAUGGGCAAAGAAGGAAGAUGCCUCCAAGCUGCAGCAAGAGUCAAAAUCAGUUACAAAAGAAGAAAAGAAAAAUAAAGAAAUAUCUAACACACAGUUUGAAUCUGCUAUUGAAUCACGAACAUCUAACAGAACAGAAUCUUCUCCUAUAGAGUCUUGGAAUACUAAAGAUCCACUGCCUUCAUCAGGAACAGCGAAGACAACAAAGUUUAAACCUGACCCAAAACUUAUGGACCAUGGUCAGUCCAGUCCUGAAGACGUGGAUAUGUACAGUACAAGAAGCUAAGACAUCUGCUUACAAAUCUUUGCAAAGUAUUACAGAUAAGGGGGAGGGAAGAAGGGAAGGAAUAAGCCUUGUGAUUCAUACUGUGUGAGGUAUAACUUAAUCAGGUAUUUUCUUAUAUUCCAGACUGUAUUACUGACUUAUAUGAUGCUGUUCAAUGAAUAUUUGUUUCUCACUACUUACAAACAGUGAGAAUUCACUCUUAUUCAGUGUCAUUACUGUGACACUGAGAAAAUGAGAUUUGUGUGUGUCUUCUCACAGUGAAGUUUCUCUGUGCCAAACUUGUUAAUAAAUGUCAUUUCACAAAAGAUAUUUGAAAAGGUGAACAUCUCUAUAUUUCAGCUCAAAUGUUCACUGAUAGAAAAGAGGAAUGUCAUGGAUAGGGUUAGAGAGGCUUCUUUGUUUUUCACUUGAAGCUCUAGAACAAAGAGCAACUCUUACUGGCCUGAGUGCCCUUAAUUGAUUACUUUAUCAUAUGUAUAGCAUUAUGUCUAAUGCUUACAUAAACAAAUCACUUUUUCAUUGCAGAGUCAUUUUUUGUUGUUUGCCUCUUUCACAAAUGUGAAUGGAAACUGAACUUCUUGUGCAUUCUUGUUUUGUAUUUAAAUGUCACUUAUGUUGGGAAAGGACUGAUCUUUAAAAUAUCCAUCAUAGACUAUGCAUUAGUUUUUACAUACUUCUGGUAACUUGAAAAACUGUAUGCAAAUUGCUGAAUCCAUGAAGCUGAUACUGUUUGAUUUAUAUAGAGUGAAUAAGCAAUGUUUAGAAAAGAGCGUGAAGGUUUAAAGUAAGAAAUGCAUAGAUGGUUGAAAGUGCUGAUAAAUAUCUAAAAAUGCCAAAGUAAUAAACAGAACAAAAAGUGAGAAUACCACUACCCAAACAGAUAGUUGGAUUUGCUGUCUUAAGGCUGAAAAGAAACACUGUUUCACAUGUAUGUAUUUUCAGCAGUGGGAUAUGAAGGGAUAUUUGCCCCUGUUCUACAUAAGAAUAGAUUUCACUGCCUGAUUCCUUCUUAUGAGGCUCCCACUUCAAAGUCAGAUGAUCUUAAUACAGGCAGUCAGUACUCCUAGUGUCACUGUAGGGCUAACAGAACUAGUAAGGGGAUAUUGCACAAUGGAGCAUGAUCAAAGCAUAAAUGUUGAAUGAACAAGUGCACCAAGUACGGCUUUUGUGUUGGUUCAGGAACAGAUGUAUUGAUAUUCUGUAAUCCAGAUUUCAGGUGAAGAGUACGGCCUGGAUGGAGUCCAAUACAAAGUAAAGUCAGUAAAUAAAUGAGGUUUAAAGAAAAAUAAUUCUACUAAUUGAACUUGUUUGGGAUCCGUGAAUUAGAAUUUCAUGUAUUUUGUUUCUUUAAUCACAUAAUAAGGCCCACGAAACUGCGAGAAUUCAGGCAGAAAUCAGAGGAUAUUAAGUCAGUCUUCACAGAGCUCCUGGACACAAUUCAUAAGUGUUCUGCUCCAGAGAGAACAGUAGAGAAGUUAGAUGGUUGGGCUUCCUAUGCCAUUUUCAGGGAAAUGUGAAGAUGUAAAGCAGGAAGUGAAAGAAAUUAAAGGAAGAUCAUUUUCAAGUGUUAGAUGGGAUGGUGGGAAUUAUCUGCCUCCAUAUCUGGUCUGUUAGUCAGCUUCUGGAUUAAAAAAUGAAGGCAAAACCAUUUGCUCUGCACCUGGAUUCUAUUUAAAUUCUAACUUAGGUCCUUUGAGUGAAGCAUUGCUGCAAGUCAACAAGAAAGGUAAGAUGAUAUAGGUUUGCAUGGUUUACUGUGGUGACAUUUUUCAGGAUAAAGUAUAAAGAAAGUAUGUAUUAAUCUCCUGGGAACGGGGUGGGAAGAUUCAUUAGCGAGAUGCCAAGGAACGAGCAUGUGUGCCCUUUCCAGGCAAGAGCAGGCCUUAAAAGUCUGUCAUCUACCAGAGUGCAAAAAGCUGCCCCAGUCCUUUAAAUAAUUUCAGGGCAUUAAUACUCCUCGAGAUAGAGACAAGUCUGGAAAAGCUCUGCUGGAGUUCUUAAUGAUUAAUCUGAGUCUUAGAUGUUUCGUCUGGUUUGUGUUAUAAGCCCCGACGACAGAAGAAAUUCAUGUUACAAAAGGACACGAUGCACAAAGCUGUACCUGUGCUGUAUUACAGUCUCUAAUUACUCCUCAGGAUAAAAUUGUGAUAGAACUGUGCUUCACAGUUAAAUUGUUGUUCUGAAGCUUUGAUGCAUUUUCUGGGACAUAGCUUAAAAUUAUUGCUUUAACUCACCUUAAUGAAUAAACAGUGUGAGAAUACAGUUCUGGAAUUCUUAAGAACAGUAUUGCUGUGUUACUUCAUCUUGGUGGAAGGGAGGAGCUAGGCAGUGAGUGUGCAAAGCAUUUAUUCCACCUCAGGAUCUGCUCUGCUGCUGUCACUUUUUAGUUCAAUUUCUUCAUCGCUUGGGAUUUCUCUGUUGUUGCACAUUCUCCUCCAUGUGAGACAGGGAUUUUGUUUGUUUUCUGUCAAGAGUUUUUGUUUAGUAUCCACACAGUCAAAGGCCUGCGUCUAAAAUCAGAGGCAUGGAUUUCUGCACUGAGACAGAUCCAGCCUAAGGAUCUCAAGGAAAAGAAAACAGGGCAAAAAAUAUAUAUAAAGCUUUGCAUCCUUGCUGGAUGCAAUUUCUGCUUUCAGGAAGACUACAGCCAGUCUCUCAAGAAGUUUCUGUAUCCUGGAGGAUAGAUGUUAAUAGCAUAAUAGUUCUUUACUCACAUGAACUUCUGAUGGAGUCAGUCUUGUCCACCCAUACCAGAAGCUUGAGAGGUUAAAAAAAAAAAAAAUUCAAAAAAAUUUGGAAUAUAUUUGCUAGCAGAAAGGCAACCCAUAUCAGAUUACUAGUCUGGUUUUGUAAAAA